GAGAGUCAAAAGGCGUCGGCCGACCCUGGACAAGAUGGCCGCCGUCGAAGUGUCGUUGUGGGGGAACUUCGCGCCGCGACGGCGACAUCUAGACUGAGUCGGAGGCCAAGGUCCCAGCUUCCUUUCCGUCAUGCACGUUCUCCGUGGGAACAGUCUUGAGAUGAUCUUUACUGUUCCCUGUGGCCAGUGACGGACAGCAGCAGUGUCGGAGGCCGGGCUGUGCCUGUGGAGCAGGCGAUCCUGUCCGACAGGUGCUCAGACCUUUGGAGAAGGCGUCGGAGCGUCCGGGGCCGGGGCAGGUUUUCAUCCCAGCACAGUCCUUCCCUGUGACGGAAUGCGGCGUAAAGGCUGAGUCCGCCUUAGCGUGUGGUGCGCGUGAAGCCUGGCUAGCCUAGAAAGGAGUUUUCAAGGUAUGGAUGAGAAGGGGGAUCCGAGCAAUGAGGAGGUGCCCAAGGCCAUCAAACCCACCAGCAAAGAGUUCAGGAAAACAUGGGGCUUUCGAAGGACCACCAUUGCCAAGCGCGAGGGCGCUGGGGAUGCCGACUUAGACGCCCCGGAGCCGCAGCCCCAGCAGCAGCAGAGCCUCUCCUUGCGACGGAGCGGGAGGCAGCCGAAGCGCACGGAGCGGGUGGAAGAGUUUCUCACGACGGUCCGGCGAAGGGGAAGGAAGAAUGCGCCCGUCUCCCUCGAGGAUUCCGGUGAAGCCGCGUCUUGUGCCGUCACAGAUGUGGAGACGGCGUCGGAAGGGAGCGUGGAGAGCACCUCUGAGGGGAAGGGCGGGCCCCCGUCGGGCUCUGUGGGUGAUAAGGAGCGCCCGGCCGCCUCCGUGAAGGCCAAAGGGGCUGAGGACGAGGACGACCCCUCCGACAGCGACAGCGACGGGCUGACUUUGAAGGAGCUUCAGAACCGCCUGCGGAGACAGCGGGAGCAAGAAGCGGCCGAUAGGCCCCCCAGGAGCCGCCUGAGGAAGAAGCGCCGGGAGCAGGAUCCCACACGGACCGUGGACGUGGGGGCGGGCAGCGCCGCGGACAGCGUGCUGCCCCACCAGCAAGAGCCCGAGGCUGAGCCGGGCGCGGCGGCCCAGGCUGAGCGGGACGGCGGAGACAGGGAGCCGGAGGGGAAGGCCGCUCGGGGACUCGAAGGCGGAGACCCCAGGGAUGUGGGCAGGCAGAAGCCCGAGUGUGAGGCCUAUGAGCCCAAUGCUCUGUACUGCAUCUGUCGUCAGCCACACAACAACAGGUUCAUGAUUUGCUGCGACCGGUGUGAAGAAUGGUUUCAUGGCGACUGUGUGGGCAUCUCCGAGGCCCGGGGACGGCUCCUCGAAAGGAAUGGCGAAGACUACAUCUGCCCCAACUGCACCAUCCUGCAGGUGCAGGACGAGACGAACUCGGAGAGCGCGGAGCAGCAGGAGGCCAAGUGCGCGCCCGCGGACGUGGACGGCACGGACUGCAUGAGCAUGGGGACGGUGGAGCAGAAGUCCGGCGAAGACCAGGGGAUAAAGGGUAGAAUUGAGAAAGCUGCGAACCCAAGUGGCAAGAAAAAGCUCAAGAUAUUCCAGCCUGUAGCCGAGGCGCCUGGGGCCGCGAAAUGUAUCGGGCCCGGGUGCUCCAGCGCGGCGCAGCCGGACUCGGUUUACUGCAGCAGCGACUGCAUUCUCAAGCACGCCGCGGCGACGAUGAAGUUCCUCAGUUCAGGUAAAGAACAAAAGCCAAAGCCUAAAGAAAAGACCAAGACGAAGCCAGAGAAGCUCAUUCUCCCAAAAUGUAGUGUCCAGGCAGGCAUUCGAGUCUCUGCUGUGCACAAGAGACCGGCUCCAGACAAGAAAGAGAACACCGUGAAGAAGGCGCUGGUGGCCCCGUCGAGGAGUGAGGUCCUCGUGAAGGAAGCAGCCAGUGAAGGCACGCCGUCCUGGGCGAGUGACCACAAUUACAAUGCAGUAAAGCCGGAACAGACUGCUGCUCUCUGGCCGCCACUGUUGUAUAAAUCCGCGAAGGAAGACAGGCGGGCAGAGGAGAGGACCGUGGCACCCAAGAGAGUGGCUCCUGCGGGCCCCUCAGCAGGCGGCAGACAACCUGCACCCCGAAAUCUCCUUCCAAAGAAGUCUCCGCCCUUCGCAAACACAGCAGCAGCCAAAGUGGCCAUCAAAAAGUCACCCUCGGGUUUCAAGGGCCCUGGACCCAAGCGGCCCUGGCUCUCAACCACGCCCUCCAGCGGCGCUCCCCCUGCCAAGCAGGCAGCCCUGGCACCUGGGGCUGCUGCUUCCAAAAAGCUCCCCAGCUCGGCCACGUUGGUGGGGGCCGUCAGGAAGCCGGGGACCGCUUCUUUGCCUUUGGCAUCUCAAGCCCCAGGACGCCUGGGAACCUCGAACCCUGCCCUGUCGCAGCCAAAUUCGCAAAUCCGGCAAAAUAUCAGACGCUCCUUGAAGGAGAUUUUAUGGAAAAGAGUCAACGACAGUGACGACUUAAUCAUGACAGAAAGUGAAGUUGGGAAGAUUGCCCUGCACAUUGAGAAGGAGAUGUUUAACCUGUUCCAGGUUACCGACAACCGUUACAAGAGCAGAUACCGCAGCAUCAUGUUCAACCUCAAGGACCCCAAAAACCAGGGGCUCUUCCAUCGCGUUCUGCGGGAGGAGAUCUCUUCGGCCAAACUGGUGAGAAUGAAGCCGGAGGAGCUGGCGUCUAAGGAGCUUUCCACGUGGAGGGAGCGGCCGGCCAAGCCCGUGCUGGAGUCCAGAAAUAAGCUGCCCAGCGAGAGUAAGAAGACCGCCACGAAGCAGGAGUCUGUGCCCGACAUGGAGGACUCUCCACCCGUGUCCGACUCAGAUGAGCAGCAGGAGUCCGUGAGGGCCGUGCCGGACCAGAGCGCUGCUCCCCUGCUGGAUGUCUUCAGCAGCAUGCUGAAGGACACCACGGGCCAGCACCGGGCUCAUCUGUUCGAUCUCAACUGUAAGAUCUGCACAGGUCAGGUUCCCUCGUCGGAAGACGAGCCGGCUCCAAAGAAACAGAAGUUGUCAGCUUCCAAGAAGGAGGAGCCGAAGCCCCAGUACGAGCCUCCGCCCUCUGAGCCGGUCCUUGGCUCUGCUAAUGAAGCGAUGCCAGAAACUCUGCCCGAAAGUGCCUCUGAGCCAGACCUGGAUGGCGCCGCUCACGCGCACUUGGAGAGGAAGUACUUCCCCGUGCCACCAGGAGACAGCCGCCCGGUGCCCUCCGCCCUGGAAGGUCCCUCCUGCCCGGCCACCUGUGGGGGCUCAGUGCUCACCACGGUCACGGUGUCUGGCCGAGACCCCAGGACUGCAUCCAGCGGAUCGUGUACAGUCACGGCCCCUGCGGCAGCCCGCCCCGAUGGUGCCCACCCAGCAGAACCCCGACAAGACGUCCUGAAGCCUGCUGUGACCUCAGUGACGGUGCCCAAGUCCAUACUAGCGAAGCCGUCCCCGUCCCCUGAGCCCAGAUACCUCCUGCCGGUGCCACCGGCCCCACGUGUCAGUCUCUCCGAGUCCAGGUCCCCUCCAGAAGGAGAUACAACCCUCUUCUUGUCUCGACUCAGCACCAUUUGGAAAGGAUUUAUUAACAUGCAGAGUGUAGCAAAAUUUGUCACUAAGGCCUAUCCCGUGUCGGGGUGCUGUGACUAUCUCAGUGAGGACCUGCCGGACACAAUUCACAUUGGUGGAAGGAUCACACCCAGAACAGUUUGGGAUUAUGUCGGCAAACUCAAAUCUUCUGUAUCUAAGGAGCUGUGUCUCAUCCGCUUCCACCCGGCGACUGAGGAGGAGGAGGUGGCCUAUAUCUCUCUCUACUCCUAUUUUAGCAGCCGUGGCCGCUUCGGCGUUGUAGCUAAUAACAGCAGGCACGUCAAGGACCUCUACCUGAUCCCACUGAGUGCCAAGGACCCUGUUCCGUCCAAGCUCUUGCCCUUCGAGGGCCCAGGUCUUGAGUCGCCGCGUCCCAACAUAAUCCUUGGGUUAGUGAUCUGCCAGAGAAUAAAGCGUCCUUCAGGUGCAGGAGAAUUAGAUAAAGUGGAGGAGAAGCGGACCCGCCCUCAGACCCAGGAAGAGACGGAGGUUUCGGUGUAUCCCAAAGUGUCCGUGGCCCCACAGUCCGAGAGGAAGCCCCCCAGGUUCCAGGUGGGCUCCGGGGACAUGGCUGUCAGCACCACACCCCCGGGGACUCCUCCACCGCCGCCCCCGCCGCCAGAGCCUCCUGCCGCGUCUGCUUCGUCAUCCGUGUUGAAAAUACUGUCCUCGCUCAAACCGGGAGCCCCGAGCACCGUGCCCACAGCGCCCGCCGCGGCGGCUCUUCCGACGUCCGCUCCUUCCGCCAAUUCCUCCACCUCCAAAACAGCCUCACCCCUGGAGCACAUCCUGCAGACGCUGUUUGGGAAGAAGAAGUCUUUCGACCCCCCUGCCAGAGAGCCUGCAGAGUCGGCCCCGGCCUCCCACCCAGACCCCAAAGCCAAAGCCGACGGCGGGCUGCCCGCGGCGCCUCUGCUGGAUCCGAUCGUGCAGCAGUUCGGCCAGCUCUCCAAAGACAGAGCCCUGGAGGACGAGGAAGAUGACCGACCCUACGACCCCGAAGAGGAGUACGGUCCUGAGAGAGCCUUCGGCGCUCAGCUCGAGCGAGGGAGACGCCCCGACGCAGAGAAGGCCCCCGAGACCGCCGAGCGGGAGGAGGUGGCCUACGACCCGGAGGACGAGACCAUUUUAGAAGAAGCCACAGUGGCCAUCGACGACCUGCCCAACCGGAUGUGUGCGGACGGGAAGGGCGGCGCGGCGGACCGGCCCGCUGAGCCCGCGGCCCCCGGGGCGGCCCCCUCCCUGGUAGAGCAGCAGCAGAUGAUCGAGGAGCUGAACAAGCAGAUCGAGGAGCAGAAGCGGCAGGUGGCUGAGCAGGAGGCGGCGCUGCGGCAGCAGAGGGCUGCCGUGGGCGCCUCCAUGGCGCACUUCUCCGUGGCCGACGCACUCAUGUCGCCGCCCCCAAAGGCCUCCCUGCCUCAGGCCGAGCUGUUCCUGCAGGAGCAGCAGACCACGGGCCGCCCGGCCGCGCUCCCCGGCGCCCCUCCCGCGGCAGGCCCCGGCUGCGACCCGCGGCCAAGUCGGGACCCGCGGCAGGCCCGGCGGCUGGCCGCGGAGCACUGCGAGAGCGAAGCCGGCUCCAGGCCCCCCGCAGCCCGGGAGGACGGUGCGGAGGCCGCCUUGCCCGCCAAGCCAGAUGGCCCCAAGAACGAGCCCUCCGCGAGCCCGGUCGUGCUGCCUGCAGAGGGCGGCCCUCCCUCAGCGGGCUCGGGCAGCGGCUCGGGCAGCGCGCCCAGACCUGCCCGCAGGGUGCUGCUGCCCACGCCCCCCAGCUCCGCCUUCCAGCCUGGCUUCCCUCUGCAGAGCGCGCAGAGCUUUCCCUCUCCGGGAGCGAGGGACCCUUUCUCAGCUCCAGUGUGUACCGCUCAGGAAAAGUGUGAGGAUCCGAGAAAUGCUCAGUUUGCUGAAAAAGGUGACCCCCCUGCGGUUGAAGCCGAAGGAGACGGAGAGCCACCGUGCAGACCCGGUGAGGGGGCCGCCACGUUCCCCUCAGCUGGACAGAGAGCAGGGGCCCCUCUGCCCCCAUCCCAGGGCCAGCGUGAGCCAGCACCACGCACGUUUGGGACAUCGGGGCUUCAUGGCCCCAGUUUCCCAGGACCAAGGGGGCCAGCCCCUCCAUUUUCUGAAGAGAAUAUUGUUUCUAAUAGCGAUGGGCCGCGAGGGCCUCCCCCGGCCAGAUUCGGGGCCCAAAAGGGGCCCAUCCCUUCCUUGUUCUCAGGGCCACAUGGGCCCCCUCCCUAUGGGGACAGUAGGGGUCCCUCCCCUUCCCACCUUGGGGGGCCCAGAGGAUCAGCACCACCCCAAUUUGAGGAGCGAAAGGAUCCGCACGGGGAGAAAAGAGAAUUCCAGGACGGCCCGUACGACGAGCCGGCCGGCCCUGUCCCUCAGUUCGAAGGAGCAGAACAAUCCCAGUUUGUGGGAGGUCGAGGCGCGGCGCCGUUCCAGUUUGGAGGCCAGAGAAGGCCUCUGCUGUCACAGUUUAAAGGACCCAGAGGGGGUGGUCCUCCCCCUCAGUUUGGCGGUCAGAGAGGGCCUCCCCCCGGCCACUUUGUGGGCCCGAGGGGGCCGCAUCCCAAUCAGUUUGAAGGACCCAGAGGCCAAGCGCCAAAUUUCAUGCCAGGACCCAGGGGGGUUCAGCCUCAGCCAUUCGAGGAGCAGAGGGUGAGCUCACCCCCGAGGUUUGCCAACCCCCGCGCGCCCGCACCCCUCCCGUUUGGCGGACCGAGAGGGUCUGUGCCCUUUCCCGAGAAGAGCGAGCCCACGCCCCCCCGCUUCCACUUCCAGGGCCCGCCGGCGCCUGGGCUGAAGGCAGCCCCCCGGCCGCUGCUGGAGCUGCCCAGUCACCCGCCGCCACACAGGCCCGAGCAGGGCCCUGAGCCCGAGUUCCGAGAGGCCAAGGGCCACGACUACAGGAGCGCGGCCUUCGAAGGGCGGUCGAGGGAGCGGUUCGAAGCGGGGCCCAAAGAAAAGCCCCUGGAUGAGCCCGAAGCCGCGCCCGAGAGCCGGCCGGGCAGGGCCCUGGACGAGCGCCGGCGAGAGCGAGGGCGGCGCUGGAGCCGGGAGCGGGACUGGGAGCGGGGCCACGAGCGGGCCCGGCACCGCGACAAGGACGCCGGCCGCGAGUGGGACCGGAGUCGGGAGCGCGGCGCAGACAGGGACCGGGGGCGGGACCCGGAGCGGGCGUCCGAGUGGGGCCGGAGCCGCGAGCGCAGCCGCAACCGGGAGCGGGAGCGGCGGCGGGAGCGGGAGCGGGAGCGGUCUCGCAGCAGGGAGCGCGGCCGGGACCGGACCCGCGAGCACGGCCGGGAGCGCAAGGACCGCAGCAAGAGCAAGGAGGGCUCCCGGGACCUCAAAGCGGACGCCCCGCGGGCCGCCACCCCCGCGGGGCAGAACUAGCGGCCGGCGGCCGCUGCUCUGCCGGGGCUCCCCGCAAACGCCCUGCAGGAGAGCCGGCGCGGGCGCUGCGGUGAGCUGCGGACUGAGACGCAGAAGAGAGUCUCCUGGACUUGGGAAGUGACUGUGAUUUUGUGUACAGUGGUUUCUUACAAGAUUUCACAUCUUUACAACUCAGAUGCUUUUUAAGAACUCGGUAUUUCCAUUUAAAAUUACUGGAAUGGGAAUGUGUCUACAGAAGCAUAUUGCUUUUUCAGAUUAUAAAGUUAUCUUUUCCAAUAACUUAAUUAUAGUAAAUUUUAAGGGAAUUUCCGUGGACCUUAGAGCCAUACCCGUACUGAGAUCUGCUCUGUAUCUGUUUCUAAAAGCUGCUGUCACAGGCCGGCUCGCACCGAAGCCCAGCGAGGCCUUCUGCUCCUCCCUGGGGUGUGCGGGACAGAGCUCUACAAAUGCGUUUUUCUUUUGUCACAAGGAAAUUUGAAUUACAAAUUUCAACCAGGAAACAAACCAUUUCUUAGUUUUGCUGGUUUUGUAGAUCACCUUAUACAUUUUUUUUCUCAAAGACAGGAUUAAAAGCAACAUCUGUCCAAGUAGAAACUGUUGCAUUUUUUAAAUAGCAAUUUAUUGAAAAAGGUGUAACCUUUACCAGCCUAAAAAAAGUGAGAAAAGAAGCCAAUUAAGUGUUCUUUAAAACGGGGGGGUGGGGGGGUGGGGGUUGACUUUGAUUUGCAUAAUCAGGAGCAGUUUUGUUUGUGAGGCGACAUCCCCACAGUCCUUCCUGUGGCCCAGGGAGAGUGCGCCCGCCCCAGGCUGCUACCCUGUCCGUGACGCAUUGCAAAGUCUGUCGUUGAAAGUGGGACGGUAUUUGUGUGAAGUCUGAGGCGGAGGACGGUGACGUGAUGACGGCAGCAGAGAAGCCGCUCCUUGUCGUACAUCGUCCGGUCCUUCCAAAGGGGGAAGCAGAGAAACCCUCGCUAAUUUAUUGGACUGUACAAAUAAAUACACUUUGAUAAUUUUUUUAUAUUUUCAUAAACUUACUUUUGCAAGUGUAAAAUUACAUUCUUUGGAGUCUCCUCCAUCGUACAUCACUACGGAUUUUUCACUUUCUAGCACAAACGUUCAAACGAUAAGAGCGAACACGGAGAACUUGGUGACUCGUGGGACCGGUUCCGGACCCCGUGUCAGUACGUUAGAUUGCAUUGAAGCGGCGUCAAGCUUCAACAUCUAUACGAUGUGAAGGGUUUUUUACAUGUAAAACAAAUUUUUCUAAUUUAAAUACACAAAUGUAAAAAUCAAGUGUGUUUCUUUAGGUUUACUUGAUAGAAAUUUCUGUAAAUUGUAUUUUAUAUUGCAAAGUAUGAUAUCACUGUACAGUAAAACAUGCAGCUCCAUAGGUUUUGUUACUCGAGGUAGAAUAAACGUCUGCAGAAGGUU